AUGUACGCGCAAUCGGACCCAGAACACAACAACUUGAACCCACAACGUCACGCUACCACGAUGAGCCUGCAAUCCUCCUCCUCUUCCUCCUCCUCUGCAAUUGUGUCCGUUGGGCACGUGAUGGAUUUGCCCGAAGAGCUCUUGGUGAGCGUUCUGAGCCACCUGGCACUGGCCGACCUGUGCCGCACGGCCGCUGCGUGUCGUACGCUGCGAAGGGUGGCUACGGACGACCGCCUGCUGUGGCGCGCUCGUUGCCUUGACCGCUUCGGACCCGAGGCGCUGGAGGCGCGGGCCGAGGGCAGCUCAUGGGAGCAGCACUGGGCGACCCUUCUCGACCACCACCGCCGCGGCUGCGAGCUCUUCAACCAGAAUCUGGGUAUCGACUACCUGGUCGAGCACCGGGUCCUACGCGCCGAGCCACAGGCCAUUGCCGACUUCCUGAGCAAGACGCCCGGGCUCUACAAGAAGAGCAUCGGAUGGACGCUCGGCCGCAGGGCAAAGGACUGCUCGAAAGAAGAGGAGACCAUCCUCGACGAUGUCGAUGCACCAGAGCUGGAGAUGGACUUCUAUUCGUCGGUGGCGCAGCUCUACAUGAGCGGGAUCGACUUCCACGACCUGACCGUCGACGAGGCCCUCCGCCAGCUCCUCCUGCGGGUCAAACUGCCGGGCUCGUCUCAGUUCAUUCGUCGCAUUCUCAAAGAUUUUGCCAUGGCGUACUACAAGCAGAACAAAGUCGAGGCCGAGCGCCUCUUCAAGAAUGCCGAAGGCCCCUACAUCGCCGCCUACUCCAUACUCAUGCUUAACACUGACCUGCACAACCCGCGGGUGUCGCGCAAGAUGAAGAAGAACGAGUUCCAGGAGCACUUCAGCGCAAUGCUGCCCGGCCUGCCACGCGAGUACAUCGAGGGCGUCUACGACCGCAUCCGCGCCGUCGAGCUCCGGGUCGCUGACGAGGACUCGGUCUCUGGCAGCAGCCCCGCCUCCGCCUCGAUCUCCGCUGCAACCACCGCCCGCACCGGCAGCGACGAUGCCGACACCCAGGGAAAGGGGCUCAAGGGCUUCUUCUCCCGCUUCUUCUGA